ACACAGACUUGUGGCUCCUUCGAGGACUAGCUUUACCCUCGCUCACGGUCGGACUCUCACCCCUUCUCUCCGCUCACAUUCUGAGCAUUAUCCCGCUGAGUGGGUGAAAAGCAAGUGAGGCACAGCAGCCGGAGAGAGAGAGAGAGAGAGAGAGAGAAAGAGAGAGAGAGAUUGGAGGAGCAGCCAGUUGCUCGUUCUUCACUCCAGGCUCUAACUUUAAAGGCAGCCAUGCAGAUUUUCUUGGCUUAGACGCAGCGCCCAUGACAGGAUUAGGAUCCGGGGACGCGGGAUCAACCGGAGAUCUGCAGGUCCGAGUGGAUGAGUUUGAGCCAGAUUCUCUCCCUGCACAGCUGUGACCGCCCCACCCCCCGGUGUCCCGCCACACCAGUCUUCCAACAGCGGCCUCCCUGUCUCUCUUCUCCACUCCCAUAAUGCGUGUCCUCGCCACCGUCCUCCUGUUGCUGCUGCUCAGGUCAGCCGAGCCCCGGAGGGGCCCUCGGUCGGGGGCUGCGCAGAGGGGCGCCGGGGGGCGCGUACGGGGCAGAGGCAGGGCCCAGGUGAAUAGACGUCAAGCCCAGGAGUGUAAGGAGUACAUGGAGGCAGGCGAGAAGUACCUGGACUGUCAGGACAGGCAGUUCACCACCGUGAUGCAAGACUGGCCCAAAGAUAUUCACCACCUGCUGUUGGCAAAAAAUAAGAUUCAGGUUUUGAGGGACAACAUGUUCUCCCAGUUCACCCAGCUGAAGAGCCUGGACCUCCAGCAGAACCACAUCUCCAUGGUGGAGGACGGGGCGUUCACUGGCCUCUCCCAGCUCACCACCCUGCUCCUCCAGCACAACCAACUGAAAACAGCCACCGAGGAGAUCCUGCUCCCCCUGACCAGGCUCACCUACCUCCGUCUCUACGACAACCCCUGGAUCUGCCAAUGCGCCUUAGACAACCUGAUCAGAACCCUGCAGGUGCCGAGCAACCGCAACCUCGGCAAUUUCGCCAAGUGUGCGGAGCCCCAUUCGCUGAGGGGCCAGAAGCUGAGGAAGCUGAACGUGACCUUGUUGUGCGCGGACAAAGACGCGGGGGACGGGGAGCCGGGGGGCAAGGAGCAGGGGCGACCAAUAAAAGUGACGGAAGCCACGUCCAUGUGCCACACCUACAUGUUCCCCAAACCUCUGCUGGACUGCAGCAACAAAGAUUUGAAAAACAUCCCGUAUGAACUGCCCUCCGACAUAGUGAAGAUGGAUCUGUCGAGAAACACCAUCAAACAUCUCAGGCCCAAACAGUUCCUGCUUUCCAAAGACCUCAAGCAACUCAACCUUAGCAGCAACAACCUGCACCAUUUAGGCACAGCUUCAUUUGCAGGCCUGCUCCACCUCCAGGAGCUCGACCUGUCCAAUAACAGCCUCCAUUACUUCGAGUACGGUGUGCUGGAGGACCUUUACUUCCUAAAGAAGCUCACGCUGGAGAACAACCCCUGGAUGUGUGACUACAACAUCCACUACCUGAUCCACUGGCUCAAGCACCACCAGGGCGUUUCCUACACCGGCCUGAUCUGCUCCGAGCCGAAGGAGUUCAGGGGCUGGCGCGUGGAGGAUUACGUCAAGACCUACAACGGGGACUGUCCCAUUGAUAAACAAAAUGGAUGGAUGGAUACGGAGCAGGGAGGACAUGUGGGGAUGGAGAACAACGCACAGGAAGAGAUGGUGGAGACGGGGCAGAUGCAGGGCGACGGUCUGCCUUUGCCCCUGAGAGAGAGGAAGCGUAAGAUGUUUGAGAUCAUCAGGCUGAGUUAGAGUGUUUGUGCAUCAGACUGGUAGUAUGGAGGGAAGAAGAGUGAUGAUUAAUGAAGGUAGACUUCCUAAAGGUAAGACUUUGAUGUUUAGCUGAACAACGUGACCAGGAAGAGUCGAAUUCUGCAAUGAAACAUUGUUGUCAUUUUGAUAAUCAAUUUAAAAAUCAAACACAUUUUGAUUGCUAUUUUCUACCUUAUGAGAAAUGAUUUAGGAGCUUUUGGUUUUUGCAGAGCAUGACCAGCCCAGUCUGUAUCAGAUCUAAAAACCUCCACAAAGACGUAUCUUUGAAUGUCCUACACAAUGAACUGCAGGUGCUCGCUUCUUUUCAGUUACAGUCAUUUUAUUAUUGAGUUCAGGAUACACUUUUUUUCCUCUCAUAAAAAGCUGUUUUUGAUCCUUUUGUGCAAAUAUUGUAUGACAUUGUCUACCGGUUUUCUGGAAAUAAAAUUGGGUUCAUUUUUUCUUUGUU